GCGUUGACUGCUCUCAGUGAUGCCAGGAUCGGGACAGAGUGGUGUCAGUGAUGGGCUGCUUUCAGUGCUGUGUUAAGUGCUGGGGUGGGGUGCCCUUCGCCUCACUGAUCGCCACGCUGCUCUGUUUCUCUGGGGUGGCGCUGUUCUGUGGCUGUGGACAUGAGGCGUUGACCGGCACUGAGACACUCAUCGAGACCUACUUCUCCAGGGAUUUCACCGACUACGCUCUGUUGGCCAACGUGAUCCAGAUUUUCCAGUAUGUUAUUUAUGGAACCGCUUCCUUCUUCUUCCUGUACGGGGUGCUGCUGCUGGCAGAGGGCUUCUACACCACCAGUGCCGUUAAGGAGAUGUACGGAGAGUUCAGGAGCACCGCGUGCGGCAAGUGUGUCAGCGCCUUGUUUAUAUUGCUGACCUACGUGCUGGGGGUGAUCUGGAUGGGGGUCUGUGCGGCCUCCGCUGUACCAGUCUAUGUUUACUAUAACAUCUGGGCCACUUGCCACAUGAUGAGGGAGAACCCAGAUAAUGCCACGGACCUGGUGUGUGUGGAUGCCAGGCAGUACGGCAUCCUGCCCUGGACGGCCAGCCCUGGCAAGGUGUGUGGGCUGACAUUAGCUGCUGUGUGUAACUCCUCAGAGUUUAACCUGACGUAUCAUCUGUUCAUUGUGACACUGGCUGGUGCUGCAGCCACCGUAAUCGCUCUGCUCACCUACAUGAUGGCCACAACCUAUAACUAUGCCGUUCUGAAGUUCUUGAGUCGAGAAGAUUGCUGCACAAAAUUCUAACCUGUCAAAGCAUGGACUGCAUGUCACACUGCGUGUCUCUCCCUCUGUGUGUAACUCUCUAUCUCACAACCAUUCCAGAACAUUCCCUGAGGCUCCUGGUCACCCGCUGAGCCCAGUAACUGCACUGCAUCACAGCAAGUCACCAAGUCACCAUCAUUUGGUCAUCAUUUACCUGCUGGUGUCGGGAGCCGAGUUACACUCUAUAGUCACACACACACGGUUAACUAUGUAAUAUUUUAAAACGCUUAAAUAUUGUCUAACCUGUUUUGGAUAUGGAUGUAAAUGUUAACAUUCUGACUAAUCUCACAAUGCAUGUGAUCUAUAAACAAAGCUUUGGAAUGUC